AUGCCUGCCAAACCAAUCCUCCAUCCGUUGCGGACGCCCAAGAACAUGACGUUCCCCUCGGAACUACACGAAGACAAUGGCGUCCGACUGGGUGCACCAGGAAGACAAGACGAGAGUCUUUCUACACCUAUCACCCCUCCCGCAGCAUAUACCGAGUUCCUCAAAGCCUUCACUCCCGUCUUUACCCCCGAUGGCAAUGGCGGCACCGUCACCCGCUUCGUCUGGGACAAGACCAACCGCACUCCAACAUCCCAACCAGGCAGCGCAGUCAGUGGCUCAUUCAGCUUUCCCGACCAGACCAGACCAGCAACGGCAACUCUACCUCCACCAUCACCAUAUGGAAGUCUUCCAGCCCGGAGAGACAUGAUGAAUCUGCGCCGUGCCACUCCUAUCCUCUCGCCCUAUUCUUACUCUUAUUCCCCGGCCGACUGGAAGCUGCGCUACUGGGACGGUCCGCGAAGUGCGACUGUGGGAAGAGUAAGCGUGCGUCAUGUCGUCACUCACACGGUGACGUACAAGCGGACGAAACUUGAGGAUCCGCCCAAGGGAAAGCGAAGAAAGCACAAUGACGAUAAGGAGGAGGCUUCAGAUUAG